UCGGGUCGCCACGGCUUGCGCUGCCGGCACCUCAUGCCAGCAGCUGUGCGGCAGGCCACGGCCAUGGCCCGACAGUUUGACCUGGAGGACACCAUGCGCGCCUGGCAGGGCUUCCUGCGCUUCAGCAAGGAGAAUCGCAGCUUUUACAUGGCCGUCAGGAAUCAGGUGCAACGCCAGGUAGCUUCGCUGUGCUCCUCUCAGUUGCUGCUGGUGCAAAGAGCCGCUCGAGAUCUUCACAGCUGUGCAGAUUUGCAUGCCGCUGCGUGCGCUGAGAUUCAGCGUCGGCUGCCGAAGCUAGCACUGUCAGAGGCCGCUGCCUGCCUUGCCCACUGCACCUUCAAACGGGAGUUCCGGCCACAGGCAUCAGCGUUGGUACGAGCAGUUGUACAGCACUGGAACGAGAGACAGGACCUGCACGACUUGAAGGUGGUCGAGGUGGUGGACGCCUUGGUUUGCCUUGCCUCCUGGGACUUGCGGCCGCCGGUGCUCGGUCGCCUGGAUGAGAUCCUGGUGGAUCGACAGGUGGAGCUGAAGUACACCGGCAACGUGCUGCUCUGGGUCUUUGCCACUCGGAGCCUCAGUCGGAUGCAGUACCGAGACUCGAAGUGGGCUCUCGUAGCUUUGGACCUUGCGCGAGACAAGAUCUUCUUAGAGCAGGUGCCCUUUCACAACCUUUGCCAGCUGCUGGAGAAAUUUGCGGAGCUUAACCUUUUCGACGAAAUGGCCUAUCAGAGCUUCGCAGAGCUGUUUCUCGCCGAGCGACAACUCUUCAAAGAGCUCAGGGACAUCGCCCAAGUUCUUUGGGCCUUUGCCCACGUGGGCUUCUUCCACCCCGAGCUCUUCGACGCCCUGUACAACCUGAUCCUCGACAGGUUCGAGGC